UGCGGAUUUUCUGUUAUUUUACGCCAUCCCACCGGAGAAAAUGGUUCAAAUCGUUGAUUAUUUUGUUUUUCAACAUUUUCCCACAACUAGUACGUUUUUCAACAGCUGCAAGCUUGAUUUUCAAACAGGUGCACAUUUUUCAUUGGUAAUCACGAGACAUACGAGUACUCGAACAUCAUUAAUUUGAAAAAUGAAAAUUUUCAAGAACAUAAAUUACUCUGAAAUUAUCAGUUUUGUUGGUGGCUAUUGUUCGAGCUAGAAUUCCAAGCGACAGAACGUUUGUUUUACGUAGUGAAAUUAUUUCACAAAACGCAGGCAAACAGUUGUUUUUUUUCAUAAGACGUCCUAAAUUCGUGUCUUGAGGUUUAAAAUUCGAGUGGUAAUUUUAUUGAACACCUAUUACGAUGAAGUUAAUGCUAUUUGCAAAUUUUUUAAUGGUAUUUCAAUUUAUUCUCAUACAAGGGGCAGAAAAAGAAGAAGGUCUAGUUUUCGAUAGAUUUACUCGUUCGUUAUUCCAACUUCCUGAACAAAUACCCAAAAACACCGUUUGCGAUGCCUGGGCAGUCGCUUGUCCAGCCGAGACACCUGAAGAAAAAGAGUUCAUCAAACGAUAUUCGUUUACAAGAAAUGGUUUGUUUCUUAGAAAAAUAUAUAACAAGGGUAGUAACGCGGCCGAAGUGAAGAAAAAACAGUGUAAAGAUCCUUUCAAAUUUUCUUUAACGUACAACGUUAGAAGUCUUACUUUCCAGUUUGGAUUCGAGACUUAUUACGAUUUAACGGAUGCUGCAUAUUUUCAUACGCAUAAAUUCGACGAUUAUAAAUCACCCGGAGAAGUAGCUAAAUCUAUGACUGGGUUUCUGAAAAAAGCGAAAACUAUUGUUUGGAAAGAAUAUUUUCGUAUACUGAAGAGCGCUUUUGAUAGCGAUAUCCGAGAAUUGUGGUUUGAUGGAAACAAAAGAAUGGGCUUUGCGUGGAUAUAUUUGAUGAAACUGAUAUUCACUUUCUCGAAAAAGAUUUUGUGGAGAAUAGAAUACGAUAUCAGUCCUAACAGUAGAUGGCCAGUUUUGGAAGAGCAAUGCACAGAUUUCAGUCUAGGAUCUGAAUUCUAUGAAGAUAUCAACUUAGAUAAACUGUACGCAAAAGAUGAAACCACAUUAGCCAAUUUGAAAAUAGGAGAGUUCGGUUGUAGAUCGAAUUACAAUUGUUUUCAAAAAUGGUUACUUGUGCCACUGAGCCAGUUUCGUUUUGGUUCUUCAGCACCUCCUGUUUGCUCAAAUAUGGUCACAAUACCUGUCUGGAAAUUAAAUGGGAAAGAUCAGUUUUAUUUGAGAAAAAUUGAUCAAUAUUUAUACGCUUUAUUUCGAUACCUAGGCGAACCGUUACAUGUUAUUGCCGGAGUACGAGGCGAAAAUCAAUUCAAAAAGAAAAGAGGUUGGGGGAAAACGACUGUAUACUUGGAUUUGGACAAAAAGAUAAUCCCGAUUCCGAGAAUAAUCUACAAAAUAGUCGAAUACAGACUGAAAAACUGCCAACUAGAGGAACCAUCGUGCUGGUAUUCGGUGAUUAUCAUAAUUCAUAAUGAUCCUUCAUUUAAGCCCAGCGAUAGACUUUGCCCUGUAGAGCUUACUAAGCAAUGGGGAUGGGAAGGGAUCGUGAAGGAUGCCGCGGCCGCUGCAGAAUUCAUUUAUGUUUGCCCCAGGACGAGAGAGAUUCAAAAAAAAUUAUUUGGAAUUACAUUACGCCAAAUAAAUGUAAUGAAUGGGAUAUUAGGGUGGCCCUUAUUUAUACUUGAGGAUGGAAGAAAUAUUGAUAAUAAACUGGAUAUCAGAAGUGAAGUUGAAAAGAAGUUGGAAGAGUUCAUAACAUAUGGAGAAGACUUUGAUCGUGAAACGCAGAAGAUAAUGGAACUGCAUCAUAGAAAGUUCGUUAAUCCUGAAAGCGAAGAAUUAUUUUCACAAUCGGAAGCACAGGCAAUGGGAUUAGAUGCUGAAAGUGGUGGUCCACGUGAAGGUGAAGUAAUCAAAGAAGAAAACGAAUUUACGAAAGGAUGA